UUGCUAACCCAGAAAGAAGACCAGGGGUGGACUGACAACUCAUGGGGCCCCCGGGCAAUAGGGGAUCAUGGGGCCCCUGUGUCCUUGCCCAAACUCAAAAAAGCCUCUGAAAAAGGAACCAGGGGCAUCUCAUGGGGUCCCCUACUGACCACGGGCCCUCGGGCAGUGCCCGAGUUUCCAAAUGGUCAGUCCACCCCUGGUUUCACAUAAUGUGUUAGUAUGCGAUGCAUACUAGCA